CAAAGUGCUCUUGAAAGUUUUGCUGUUUUAGAACAAAAAAUUGGACUGUCUAGUGAAAUGAUGAAAUUAGCCCAUGUCCGGCUGGACAAAAUGAAGAAGGACAAAAGAGCAGUGAAAAGAAACAAAGAAUGUUUAGAUGAAGCUUGGUUAGAAAUGGAACAAGUGGUCUUCUCUGCAUUUGUUUGUUCGAAAGCCUGUUUGAAAAAAGAAUGUGAUUCCUGCUCCGAGAAACACGAAAUACUGAUUAAGUGUUAUCACUGUAAAAAGCAUUUAUGUGCUGAAUGUGAUUUGGUUCCUCACAUCAACAGUCCUUUCCAUCAAAGAACAGUUUUUUUUACUGAUUUCACAUCAAAACAUCUGUUGUCUCAUGAAUUUGUAGAUCCCAAAAGUGGAAUUAUCUUUCAGAAAGAAAUAGCUGUUCCUGUUUUUAGUCCAAAUUCCUGCCAAAUUUGCAAUCAGACUGGAACUUGUUCCUUGCUACCGGGAUCUAAACCAUGCAUUGUGGUCACUACUCUCUAAGAAAUAUGUCGGAAAAAUAUUUCGAGAUUGUAUCUCGGUAUAUUUUUUCCUAAUUUUACCGACAUAUUUCUCGGAUUUCCCGCAAUUUUUAGCGCCAAAACCACCACAGUCGUGGUUUUCUUUAACCAAGAGUCAAAUCCGACAAGUUAUCUCGGGAUUUGUUUGGAGGUAGAGACGCUUAUGAGUUUCCUUGGAAGGGGGGGGGGUGGCAUCCAUAACAAAGAAAUAAAAGAAUAAGUACCACCAGACCACGGCCUUGGAUUGCAAAAAAAUUCGUGGUCGCAUGUUUGUUAAGGGUAGGCUACAUGGGCAAUAAGUCAGUUAUACUUGGCUACCCACGUCAUUCUAACGUUUACAAGUUAAGUUAUAAUAGAGUUAUUGUUUAUCAUCAUGUUUAACUGCCCCGUGUGUAAGAAAAAUGUGGAAGUUGGUUCGCGUUUAGAUGUUGGGAGACAUAUGCGAAUGCAUAUUCGUACGCUUGAUUAUCCAGUGUCUUUCCCAAUACGGUGUUGCCAACAGAGAUGUCAUUCUAUUUACUCUUCCUUGGAUGCGUUUGUGAAACAUAUGGAUAAAAAGCAUAGCAGACAAUAUAGCAAUAUUGCUCCCGUAGCUAAUGACUGCGAUAACCUUGACGGCUACGUCCCCGAAGGGGAUAAUGGAGACCAUGAAAUGCAAGAAAUGCCGCAUCCGAGUGACAUUGAAUCAGAUAAGUGUUA